CUUGAGACAUUUACAACACAAAUAAAGAACAAGAAAAACAAAAUAUUAGAGAAGUUAAAGAAUUGUCAUAAAAAUUAACAAAACAUCUUUCCGUUUACCUUAAAUGCAUAAUAAAUUUAAGACAUGGUGAAUGUUAUGAAAGGAGUUCUCGUUGAGUGCGAUCCGGCUAUGAAACAAUUUCUACUACACUUGGAUGAAACCUCUGCCUUAGGACGUAAAUUUAUUAUACAAGAUUUAGAUGAAAGUCAUUUAUUUAUAUCAACCGAAAUCGUCGAGACUCUACAGGCGCGUGUCGAUGAAUUAAUGGAUCGCAUCAGUUUUCCCCUACACGAAAAAGAAGCUUAA